UCUCUCCUUCUCUUCCUUUGUGUAUUUGCUUCUGGAAUUUUGUAAUAUCCUCGGAGAAUCUUCAUUAUUCUACAGUCAGAUCUGGUAGCUUCAUCUCGCAGCUUACAAUUAGGAUCUGUCUAUGUUUUUGAAUCAUUUCAAAUUUUGGAUGUUGUAAAGUAAAGGAAUUGAUUAGCUUAAUUGUGGAGUGAUCUACGUCUCUCUCAGAUUGUACAACUUUUGGCUAUGAUGAUAUUGAUGGUUUCUUCGGCUCUAUUGGGUUCUGCAGAGUGUUAAAGGUUGUGUGUGUGUGGAGCUUUUCAGGUCACAGAGACACAAAAAAAGAUGGAGGUAUUUGGAAAAUCUCCCAUGGUUACAUCUGCACCCAAUGUUAUUUACUUGUCUGCAAUUCUGGGUCGCGAUUGCGAUGGACCCAACCAGGGUCACAAAUGUGACUGGAAAUGUGAGAAUGAGAUUGUUUGUGGGAAUAUGUACCGCUGCAAACUAACUGGCCUGACUCAUGUCUGCGACAAGAACUGUAACCAGAGGAUUCUCUAUGAUAACCAUAGCUCCUUGUGCCGUGCCAGCGGCUGGGUUUUCCCUCUCUCGUCGGUUGAGGAGCAGGCUGUGAGAGGUGUCCGUAGGAAGCUCGAUGCUGAGAGUCAUCCUUCUGAGAGCUGUUCGUUUAAGCGUCGUCGUCGUGAUGCUCAGUUCCAUGCUUCUCCUUUCGAGAGGUCUUUCUCUGCUGUGAGCCCCAUCUGCAGCCCAGCUGGAGACGGGAUGGAGUUGAGUUAGAUCCAUGUUGGUCUUCCUCAAAAUUUCCUGAGUCUGAGAGGCUCUUUAUCUUAAGUAGAAUAACUUCCCUUUCUCUUUCUUUUGAACAACUAUGGAUAAGAGAGACUUUGUGCUAUUGCUCCAGCAGGGGGGUUCUAGGCAUCCUCCCUGCCUUAAAAAGAGAGCUUUAUCUUAGUCUUGUUGAAUGUUGAACUCUAUGUAGUACUUAUGUAGGAGAGACUUUAUAAUUCUAAUGCUUUAUUUCUGGAUCU